AUGUCAGACUCAAAUGAUGUCCGGGAAAAUACUAAAUUGAACACGGAAGCUCAGAACGCAGGAGAGGCUGAACUACCACAUGGAACGACAGAAUAUGCAGAAGGGCCAGUAAUUUCUAAGAAAGACGUUAAAUUGGCAAAAAAAAAGAGAUCAAAAAAGAGCGGGUCUGGAGGCGGCGAAAACAAUAAAAUAGAAAGUGAGUUAGUACAUACCGCUCUGUUAGAGAAUGACAACCCAUUCAUGGAGGAGCAGCCUGAAGGACUAAAAAAAUCAACUCUACUGGAGAUACCUGGUAUGAAAAGCCAUAAAUUAAGAAAUCCGAAUGAAGAUUAUGAAGAUGAUUCGGAGGGGUUGCUGCCUUUGAACCAUGAAUCGAAUACAGAAACGUGUAGAACCAGUCUAAGUGGAAGUAUUAAUUCUAUGAACGAGGAAACUCCUCCAUCUGAGGAAUUUUUUGUAAGGAACAGAAAAAAGUCUGCCAGAAUACACAUACUUGAGGCGAAAAGAGUAUCGGAAGGUCAAGGUAGAGCCUACAUUGCCUAUGUCAUUCAAUUUGAAAAUUGCAUUGUUCAGAGACGGUAUAGCGAUUUUGAGAGUUUAAGAAGUAUCUUGAUAAGAUUAUUCCCUAUGACGUUAAUACCGCCGAUACCAGAAAAGCAAUCAAUAAAAAAUUAUGGCAAGUCAAUAACCGGAUCGAGCUCAAAAUAUCUGUUGCCCUCUGAAGGCUCUGGUUCGGUAGAUCUGUCUUUAUCCGUGAUACAUGCAUCGGUCAAUAAUAGCGAUGAAAAAUUAAUACGACAUAGGAUAAGAAUGCUCACUGAAUUCUUGAAUAAACUUCUGACCAACGAGGAAAUUGCGAAGACCUCCAUAAUUACUGAUUUUUUGGAUCCCAAUAACCAUAAUUGGCAUGAAUUUGUUAAUAGCUCGGCUACUUUCUCAUCUUUGCCGAAAAGCAUCCUGCAAUGCAAUCCAGUAGAUCCCACUAAUACUACCAGAAUUCAUGCCACUUUACCAAUACCAGGCUCCUCAUCACAGCUAUUGUUAAAUAAGGAAACGGGCGACAAAAAAAUUGACAAGGAAAGAAGUAAGUCGUUUACUAGUAUCGAACAGGAUUAUAAGCAGUACGAAAACCUGUUAGAUAAUGGGAUUUAUAAGUAUAAUAGACGGACUACAAAGACAUAUCAUGACCUAAAGACAGACUAUAAUGAAAUUGGUGAAGUAUUUGCGCAAUUUGCUCAUGAACAGACUCAAGUCGGAGAAGUAGUGGAACAACUUUCUUACUUGAGCAACGCCUUUUCAGAGUCCUCAAUGGCCCUGGAGAAACUAGUUGGAAGAUUAUACUACAACAUAAAUGAGCCUUUAAAUGAGUCAGUUCAUAUGGCGACAUCCGCAAGAGAACUCAUUAAAUACAGAAAAUUGAAACACCUCCAAAAUGAAAUGAUUAGAAGGUCCUUGAAUUCCAAAAAAUCGCAAAUGGAAAAAUUGGAAGCGCAAAGCAAUGAAUACAAGGACGUUGAUAAAAUAAUAGAUAAUGAAAUGUCUAAAAGUCACACUAUUAAUCUGGAACGUCCAAACAACAGCGGGAAUGGCGGGAAGUCAUACGGUGGGAAACUGUUCAAUGGAUUCAACAAAUUGGCAUCUAUGGUUAAAGAUUCCGUGAAAUAUCAAGAAACAGAUCCCCACACAGCAAGCGUUAAUCUGAGAAAAGAAAUCGAACAACUUUCCGAGUCCUUGGAAGUUACCGAAAACGAUUUGAAGGUUAUUUCAAAAGUCAUCAAGGAUGACCAGUUACCCAAAUUUUCAAAGGAAAGAGAGGUUGAUUUGUCAGAGAUCCUAAAACAUUAUGCCAGGUACAUGAAAAAUUACGCUCGGAAAAAUUUGGAGAUUUGGAGAGAAGUCAAGAAACAUCAAGAUCUUGCAUAG